AUGGCUACGCUGGUAAUGCCCCCUCAGUCUGAUCCGGCCACGUUGGCAAAGAGAUCAACAACAACACCAAGUAUUCUCGCAGAGGUCGCCGCCUCGCAAGAGCACCUUCGCAGUCGCUUGGCCGGCGCCCUGACAAAGCCACCAUCCAAUAUUCCUGCAGACUCGUUACCUUCGGUCCCCUUGAUCGACAUUGGUGCGUCGUUUGAUCCCAAAGCUGACUCUCAAGCCAAAAAUGCCAUCGCGCAACAGAUCCGCCAAGCGUGCUUGACCACGGGGUUCUUCCAGAUCAGCAACCACGGCAUCUCCACCGAAGCCAUGGCGGGCGUGUUGAAACAGGCGGAACGGUUCUUUCACGACCUGUCGCCGGACCAGAAGGAGGAGUUGCACGUCAAGCAUUCACCCCUGUUCCGCGGCUACGAGCCCCAUGACUUCAGUUACGUGAACCCGGACGACAAGCUCAACGGCCACGAGCAUCAGCACCAGCACGAGACCAAGGAAGGCUUCAACUGGGGGUACGAGGCAGGGUUGGACCCCACGGGCGGCGAUGGGGAGUACGUCGAGCUAGAUGGCCAGUCUCCCGCCGCUACCGGGCCAGGCAACCUCUGGCCCUCCGAGGAGUGGUUACCGGGCUUCUACGACGCCAUCAAGCUGUACUACGGCCAGGUAUUGCAGCUCGCCAGACAUCUGUUCCGGCUGUUCGCGCUCUCUCUGGCUCUGGAGGAAGCGUACUUUGACAAAGUGACGACCCACCCAGGCGGCAUCGCCAGACUGCUGUACUACAAGAGCCAACCCGCCGUCGCCGUCAACGGCAGCACGACGGCCGCAGACGGCGGUGCGGCCAGAGACGAGGGCGACGCCAAACUAGGUCUGGGCGCGCACACAGACUACGAAUGCUUCACCCUGCUGCUCAGUUCCAGCAAUCCCGGCCUGGAGAUCCUGUUCCCGCCCUCGCCUCUCACAGACGACAAACCGGUCUGGCUUCCCUGCCCCGUCCGCCCGGGCACGUUGACCGUCAAUGUCGCCGACUUCCUCAUGCGGUGGACGAACGGGCUGUACAAAUCCACCAUCCACAGAGUGGUCAGCCGGCCGGGCAGUGGGCAGAGAUACUCCGUGCCGUUCUUCUUCAGCAUCAACUAUGAUGCCGACGUCGAGGCGUUGCCGGAGGAAGUGGUGGGGAGGAGCAAUUACCAACCGAUCAAGGCGGGGGAGUAUGUCCUGGAGAGAUUGAGGGCGACGACGAUGUGA